AUGGAAGCUGCAGACAAAUCAUUGCUUCGAACUUUAAAUACUAAAGCUGCCGGCACUGUUGCCAUAUUUGACAAAGGAGACUAUUACGCAUGUUAUGGGGAUGAUGCUGUACUGUUGGCAACAGAAGUGUUUAUGAGCGAUGUUUGUCUCAAAACUGUCACAAUAAAGGGUAAGCAUCAGGAAAGCUUCGCUCGAGUGGUUUUCGUUAACGAACUCCUACUUUUUAGUCGCUUUGUGCUGGGAAGCGAAGUGCUCCAAUACUUGACGAUGAACUAUGGUCAGUAUCAGCGCACUGUUCGCGAGCUCCUUAUGUUUAUGAGAUAUCGCAUUGAACUGUAUGGCCUGGAAUCGGAUCAGUGGACAAUUAAGGCAAAAGUUCGUCUUUCGUAA